CGUCGGCGGGCCGCGGCCUGGACACGCUGCGGGGAGGGGCGGAGCGAGAGGGCGGGAGCGCGCGCUGGGCGCCCCUGGGCCGCCGCCGCUGCUGCCGGGGAAUAAUCUGGGCGGCAGCGGGCGGCCCCGACUGGCGGCCGCAAGCCACUUCUGCGGCUGCGGAGGAGAGCGAAGGUCGCCGGUCUUGUGUCGUCCUCCUCUCCGCCCCCCAGGAGGGGCGAGAGGGCGCCGCAGCUGAUGUCAGGGCUCCAGACCUGCAUCUCAAACAGCAUGCUCAACAUUUCUGCAUCAGUGCCUUACCACUAGAGCUUUCAGAAAUACACUUUCGGGAAAUGGCCUCUAAAUCUUGGCUAAAUUUUUUAAUCUUCCUCUGUGGAUCAGCAAUUGGAUUCGUUUUAUGUUCUCAGCUAUUUAGUAUUUUGUUGGGAGAACAGGAUGACACUCAGCCUAAGAUUAUUCAUAAUGAUCCUCAUGCUAAGCAUUCAGAUGAUAAUGGACAGAAUCAUCUAGAAGGACAGAUGAACUUCAAUGCAGAUGCUAGUCAACAUAAAGAUGAGAACACAGACAUUGCUGAAAACCUCUAUCAGAAAGUUAAAAUUCUUUGCUGGGUUAUGACAGGGCCUCAAAAUCUAGAGAAAAAGGCUAAGCAUGUCAAAGCUACAUGGGCCCAGCGCUGUAAUAAAGUGUUGUUUAUGAGUUCAGAAGAAAAUAAAGACUUCCCUGCUGUGGGAUUAAAAACCAGAGAAGGCAGAGACCAGCUGUACUGGAAAACAAUUAAAGCUUUUCAGUAUGUUCAUGAUCACUAUCUAGAAGAUGCUGAUUGGUUUAUGAAAGCAGAUGAUGAUACAUAUGUUAUACUAGACAAUUUGAGAUGGCUUCUGUCAAAACACAACCCUGAAGAACCCAUUUAUUUUGGGAGAAGGUUUAAGCCCUAUGUAAAGCAGGGCUACAUGAGUGGAGGAGCAGGGUAUGUACUGAGCAAAGAAGCCUUGAAGAGAUUUGUGGAUGCAUUUAAAACAGAGAAAUGUACACAUAGUUCCUCCAUUGAAGAUUUAGCACUGGGGAGAUGCAUGGAAAUUAUAAAUGUAGAAGCGGGAGAUUCCAGAGAUACCACUGGAAAAGAAACUUUUCAUCCCUUUGUACCAGAACACCACUUAAUCAAGGGUUAUCUACCUAAAACAUUUUGGUACUGGAAUUACAACUAUUAUCCUCCUGUAGAGGGUCCUGGUUGCUGUUCUGAUCUUGCAGUUUCUUUUCACUAUGUUGAUCCUACAACUAUGUAUGAAUUAGAAUACCUCGUUUAUCAUCUACGUCCAUAUGGAUAUUUAUACAGAUAUCAACCUGCCUUACCUGAGAAUAUACUAAAGGAAAUAAGUCAAGCAUACAAAAAUGAAGAUCCGAAAGUAAAAUUGGGAAACCUUGAAAGAAAACAUAAAUGAACAGAGGUAAAAUGUCUAGUAUUGCACUGAAGAACUUCUGCAUUUCUUACAGAGAACACUGAACUCCCAGUGAAGAAUUCUAAGUGAACAUUCCUAAUUAGGAAUCUUUCAUAAUAGACUGCAAACUGAAGCUUUAAUGAGCUGUGAAGUCUGUUAAAAUGUGUUUUGAUACAGUAAUAUAUAUAUAUAUAUAUGUAUGAAAAACUUGUGUUUUUAUAAUGUUGGCCAGACAGAGGGACUAGAAAAGAGGUUUUAUGGCCUGUUCCUGACCACAUGUAUUAUUUUCACUGGGAAGCUAAGAGAGUUAAAUUUGUUGAAAUGACACUGCACCAUAUUAGUAACACACAUCAUAUUAAACAGACCUGCCUUAAAAUUUUAGAAGGAAGUAUUGCUGUUUAGUGUUGUUUGUAAACUCAAGACAUGAGUUUGUAUUUGCAGUGUAAUAUAAAUGAACCAAACUCUCCACCAUCUACCCCCCACACACACACCAGUGUGCAGUUUUGGCUGAUCAAAAUUUUGCUGUGACUGUUAAAAAUUGGCAGUAUUUCUUUCAGAAGUAGGUAGAGUAAGAAUGCACUUGUCUUAACGUGCAUUAAUAAAACCACAUUUUGAAAUGAUCAUGGGCCUUGACUGUAAUAUAUACAUACUUGGUUCUAAUUAAUAGUUAAUGUUUUACAGGCAUACCUCGUUUUAUUGCACUUUGCUUUAUCGCGCUUCAUAGGUGUAGUUUUUAAACCGAAUUGAAGGCAAGACCCUCCACAAGCAAAAAGAUUACGACUCACUUUAUUGCGAGACUUGCUUUAUUCCUGUGGUCUGAAACAGAACCUGCAGUAUUUCUAAGCUAUGCCUAUAGUGAGUCCCUGCCAUCUCUUCUAAGUAUGUUUAACCAUUCUUGAAUACCAUUUUCAGCUAUUAACAUUUAUUUACUCAAAGCAUUAAUAACAUUCAGUAAACAUGGAUUUUUAAAUAUUUUGUUCCCAUGUUUACCCAUUGUUAAUUAUGGGUAACAAAUAGUCAGUUGAAUGCUUUGGGGGAAAUGCUUUUCUUAUAUCAGGGCCACUCUCAGGAAUUACUAAGACAUUUUUAAUUGAUUAUUUAAAACACUUUCCAACUACAUAAUUACAGUUCCUUUCACUCUUACCCUGUUGUGAGAUGAGAACUUGUUUGUGCCUUUCAUAAUUUGUUUAAAGCAGUUUUGAAUUCAUUUUUAGGAUCUGAAGUGGUUAUUAGCUACAUUGGCAAAAUAAUUUAAAUGUAGGAUUUUGACCAGAGUUAAUUAAAAAAAUUAGAAAACGCAAAGUGCUUAAACAAAUUGAGAUAUGUCAGAUAUUAAAAGACCAAAUACUUAAUUUAUGAAUAGCAUCUGAAUUUUGAUGUUGGCUUACAUAUACAGGGUGGGGCAAAAGUAGAGUUAUAUAUAGUUUAUAUGGAAAAUAAUACAAUAAUAAAUAAUAAGAAUAAAUGCUGUUUUGCAUACUUGCAAUUAUAAACCUACUUUUGCAGCACCUUCUAUUUUGGGAUGAUUGUUUUGCCGAUGCAUAGAAAAUUUCAAUUGAGUAGAAAACCCAUUCAAGACUCAUAAAAAACAUACUCAUGAAUGUUUUAUUCUAAUUAUAGUGACUCUCUAAAGAGUUUCUGGAAGGAAAAAAAAAUUUCGUUUUUGUUAUCUUUAGCAAUAUUAUCUGAGUGUAUCAUAACUAUUUUACAGACUUUCUGUAAUAUGUUACAUGUUACAAAUGAUUUACAUUUCUCUUUUGUUUAUCAUUGUGUUAAUUUUACAUGGUUGUCACACCAUUGACCCUGCUGCUUAACUAAAUAGUUUAUUGUGCCAAACAUUUCAAAACCAUGACCUCUUUGGAUGGUAUAUUUGAGAGGAUGUUGAUAUUAAUGGCCAGUUAUGGAUACUCUGCCCAUGUAGUUGAAACUUACACCAAUUUUUACCUAUUAAAUUGUUUUUCAUAGCGUUCAUGGUGGUUUCGUCUGCCAAAAUUUCAAGGCAUUCGUUCUAUUCUUUGAAUGGCUCUUCGCCUUGGUGUGGGUAUGAAUUUAUUUGAGUCCAUAUUUGCUAUUGUACUUUUUUGUGCUACAAGUAUAAAUAGUUUAUCAUAAACAUCCCAAAACAUUAGAGUUUACUCAUAGGAAAUUAGCUUGUGAAAAAUCCUGGAGUCUGAGUCAAGACUCUCUGGGUUUAAAUUCUUUCUUCAUCACUUACUAGUUUUGUAACCAUGAACAAUUUUUAAUCUCUCUGUGCCUCAAUUUCCUCAUCUGUAAAUUAGGGACAAUAAUAUUACCUACCUCACAGGAAUUUUAUGAGGAUCAAAUGAGUGAGUAUGUGUAUGGCUUUUAGAACGCGGGCCCAGAGUAUGGAGCAAUAAGUAUGAGGUUUUAUUGUUAACUUGGAGUGUAAAUAUUUGUUUCAAAUGAAUGAAAAAUCUAAUCAGAUGUUGAAGGAAAUAUUUUGUACAUUUCAUAUAAGUAAGAGUUUUUAUCUGAUGCAUACUGUAUGUGAAGUACUGUGCUUAAAUACUCUAUGUACAUUGGUGUUAAAUCCUCACAAAUUGGGUGUUAUUUCUAUAUUAUAGGUGAGAAAACAGAGGCUCAGAAUUAAAGUAACUUUUCCAUUGUCACAAAGCUAUUAAUGAGAUUUCUACUCAAAGCCUGUGUGUUCUUUGUACCAUGUCAGCCUAGAGGUUAGUCGUUUAGCAUUAUUUCCAUUUUUUACUUACUGACAUGUGACAUCUUAUAUGUUGGCCAGUGAUAGUAAAAUUAACCAGAUUUGCAUAAUGCUGGUCAAAUUAUGGUUUUUAUACUGUUGCCGCUGGGAGCUUGUUGAAAACGCAGAUUUCAAGGCCCCAAGCCCAGAAAUUCUAGAUACCCUUGGGCUGUGGUUCUCAAAGUGUGGUCUGAACAAGCAAUAUUCGUAUCACUUGGUAACUGGUUGGAGAUGCCAUCUCUCCCGGGCCCCAUCUGAGACCUGCUGAAUCAGAAACUGUAGGGCUGGAAGCUAUCAGUUAUGUUUAAACAAUCCCUCCAGGUGAGGCUCAUUCACGUCAGUUUGAGAACCUUUUUACACUAAGACCUAAGUGAUUCUGAUGCAGAUGAUCUUCAGACAUGCUAAGAAUCACUGCUGCAUAAGUGAGGUAUCUUUCAAAGAUACCUCUUUAAAACAUGCAUGUUUUAAAUUGUAUAGUCCAAGAUUACACUAUAUUAAAUGUAAAGACUUUAAAGAUGAUUUGAAGGGUCAGUGGAUCAUUUAUUUUGGCAAAAUUCUUUAGCUUUUUUAGAGUGGCUAAUAGCAGGGCCUGCACAGUAAAAUCUGUAAUUCUUCAAGUUUAGUAAUUUCACGUGGGAGCAGGAAGGGUUCAUUAAGUAAAUACAUACUAAUUCAUUAAAAGCAUACGUAAAUGAAUGUCAUUAGAAAUGUCCACAAUUGUUAAUUAAAAAAAAAAAACUUUAGAGAUAGCAAAAUAUUUUAUAAUAUGCAGGAUUUUUUUUUACUAAUUCAUACUAUCAAAAUUGCAUCACUUUCGAGAAUCGACUGUCCUAUGUGAUCUAAUAAAGAAAAAAAAUUCAAGUAUUUGAUGGAGCACAUAAAACCAGAUUUCAUGAUGAUACUGACUUUUAAAUUAAGAUCUCUGUUAUUUGGAUAAAUGAUUUUAAUGUGGUCUCAAAACAUAACACUUUUGCUGUCUUACAUUCUCCCUAACAGUAUGCUUGUAUUUUCAGUUGGAAAGCUCAUAGAUGAUACAAAACAGAUUGUUGUCCUGGAGUUCAUUUAUUUGUUUUCAUAUACCUUAGAUUUCAGAGGAAUUUUGUUACUUUAAGAAGAUUCAAAAAUAAAUGACCACUUUUCAAUAUUUUUUGAAAUAUGGUAAUAGGAUUUGGGCAUUAAAUUUGCUGAUUAUUUUCAUAAUUUAUUUUGAGUAUUAAUUUUUUACGUCUUUGAGCCUAGAAAACUAUAUUAUCAGAUUGAGGCUUGAAAAAUCCCUCACUUGAUUAAUUAGAUCAAGUCUGUGAUUUUAUUCUCCAUUUAAAUUUUCUGAUUAUUUAGAGGAGUAUGUCUUUGACAAUUUCUGCUUCUUUGUAUUUAUUACCCUCUUUAAAUUUCCUUUUAAGUAAUUUCCAUUUUCUAACUACUCUUAGUGCAGUCACAAAGUUAAUUUGGCUCUUAUUAGCAUUUGUAUCACUUACUGAUAAUUUUGUAUAGCUAUUAACUUUGUUUCCCUAUGAGUUUAGAAAUAAAAAAAAAAACCUGUCUUAAGAAUAAUGCCUGCUGGCUUUCAGGAUAUUUGCCCUAUUUAAAAGUCUACAAUUUUAAACUAAUUUUAGAUAAGUAAUUAUUAAAUGAAACAAAGUUACUUGGAUUCUACCAACACCCACUUUUCUCAAAAACAAACAACCCUCAUCUGCCUGAUUUCGCUACUUCUUCAGAGUAGGCCUGAUAAAAACAUAAUAAAUCUAGGGGGCAACCUGUGGUUUAAUUUAUGCUAAACAUGACUAUUGAUUUAACAACUACUUUGGUUGAAAUAGAAACUUUAAUAAGGAUUAGAAUAAGAAAUUUUACAAAUUCUCUAAAGAGGAAUCAACCUAAAACUGAUGUUCUGUUUCAACUCCUUUCCCUCUCUACUUUUCGGUUUAUAUCAGUUAAGUUUAAAUAACUUCAGAGUCCUGCAAAUUAAUAAAGUAUAUUAAAGGGAAACUAAUCUUACUGCUAAGCAGUGUGCUAUAUUACAUAGUGAAUAUUUGUGUUCUGGAAUUUAAAAGUUAUGUAAGUAAUAGUAUCAUGAAUGGUUUAAAAAGCUCUGGUGACUUGCUUACUUUAAGUGAUCACCGAUAAGUCAGAAAAAUGUAUUUUUAAAUAUGUU